AAAUAACUAUUCCAGCUCUUAACAUGAUGAACCCCGAGGUGGCCAAUCGAGGCAUCUCCCUAAUCAAAGAGUGCGCGCUAAAUGUGACAUCUGUGACUAUCAACACGCCUGCUGUAAGAGAAGCAAUCGUCAAUACGAAGUUCGACGCUGUGGUAACAGAAUGGUUUUUCUCCGACACUGAUGCUGGAUAUGCGGCAGUACAGCAAGUCCCGUGGAUAGUACUGGUUGGCACAGUAUAUAAUUCCAUCCUCGAGGAGAUGGUGGACGAGGUGCGCUCAGUGCCCACUGUACCUAUCUUCCUCAAUAAUGCAACCAUACCCAUGAACUUCUGGCAGCGGCUCCUGAACACCGGUUUACACAGUUUAAUAACCCUCUAUAACUGGUGGGACCGCUCAUCAGCAGCUGAGAGAUACAACGCUUACUUCUCGCCCUUGGCAGCCGCCCGUGGUGUUCCACUACGACCAUUUUCGGAAGCGUCGAAUGAUCUAUCGAUACUGUUGGUGAAUGGGCACCCGUCUUUUGCGCCAGCGCAGCCGGUCCCACCCAAUGUGAUUAACGUCGCUGGUUACCAUAUACCGGAGGAUACUCCCCCGCUACCGAAGGAUCUGCAAGAUUUAUUGGACUCGUCGAAACACGGCGUGGUGUACUUCAGCAUGGGGUCUGUGCUGAAGUCGGCCGCCCUUCCCGAGCACAUCCGCCGCGGGUUGAUACAAGUGCUGGGCGAGCUGCCGUACACGGUCCUGUGGAAGUUCGAGGAGGAGAUCGCCGGCCUACCGAAGAACGUGCACGUACGGCCGUGGUUGCCACAGCCCAGUAUCUUAGCCCACCCCAACGUGAAGCUAUUCAUCACACACGGUGGACUCCUCAGCUCCUUAGAAUCUCUUCAGUAUGGUGUACCACUUUUGGCUAUCCCGAUGUUUGGAGAUCAGCGUAACAAUGCGCAGAGUGCUUAUCAAAACGGCUACGCGAGGCAGAUCGUAUUCGGAGACGAUGUUGCUGACCAGCUGAGGGUUGAACUGAAGGAGAUGCUGAAUAAUGACAAGUACUACAAGCGCGCGAAGUACCUGUCGCGCCUGUUCCGCAACAGGCCGGUGCCUCCCAGCAAGCUGGUCUCACACUACGUCGAGCUCGCCAUCGAAACCAAAGGCGCCCACCACCUGCGGUCUCCGUCGCGGCAGUACGCGUGGUACGCGCGCUGGAUGCUGGACCAGGCCGCGCUGCUGCUGGUCGCCCUCUACCUCGUGUACAGGCUCGCGCGAGCGCUGCUCUCACUGUGUUGCGGGAAGAACAAACAAAAAAUAAAGAGAAAUUAAUGAUGUAUUUUGAUAAAUAUAUUGAUUUUUUUAUCAUA